UCCAGCUAAAGCUGUCAUGCGGACUCUACGGGUCAUGCUGAACCUUAUCACCAAAACAGCAAACAAACACAAGGAACCGACGCAACGAUUUUAACUUCCCAUAAAAGUUACAAACUUCUCAUCGCUACACACCGCGUCGUACCGCAUCACCCGCUCUGCUACCAACGACUAGAAAAGCUCGCCAGCCGCCCUUGGCUCCCCUCCUCUCUCCCCUCCUCGCCGCCACCUUUCAACAGCUACCAUCAUGGACCAACAACAAGUCCCCCCGGAGUUCAUUCUCGACGCCUUCUCUGACCCAAAAUCUGUCCGCGAUGUCGUCAAGGCCAUUCUGCACACCAUCUUCUUCAACCGCUUCUUCCCGUCCAUCACGCCCCGCACUCGCGAUAUCCUCGACCUCACCCUCCCUUAUGUCGAAGAUGCUGAGCUUGAAACGAUGAUUGACCAGCGUGCAGCUGCUCUCGAACGCCAGCUAGAUGCCGAGAGAGCUUCUUCAGAAGGUGCACGAGGCCAAAUCACCGUUCAGUUCUUUGAAAAGAGACGCCGUAAGGCAUGGCUGUCGCGCGGCGAUGAAGAAGUCUGCUGGGAAAGUUGGACGAUCAAAGUGACAGUGGCAGAGCCACGGACAGAAAGUGACCGCGCCAAAGUUCGACGAGCCAUGGAGCAAACUCUGCAUGCCACCGCCAUGAAGAUUGUCACAAUUGUAAACGCCAACUUAGACCAUAUCCCCCCCAUUACUACGCAAGGGGGCAACCCGUUCCCAUGCAAAAUCAACGUUGAGAACAAGGAGACCAGCGGAUGGGCGGCCCGUAUGGGCAUCUACUAGAGGUUGAAUAACUCCUCUUUGCCUCCUGAUAAUGGUGUCACCACCAUUGGCGACAGCAGCAGUAACAGUCUUUAAAUGUUGGCGUUUGGCAGUUGAUGCAGGAGCCCAUGUUUCGGUGCUCCCAAAGCGUUUUUAUUCUUUGAUACCCAGUAGUAAUGCCUGCCAGGUCGGCAGUAUAGACGUCUGAUGGACAAGGAGCAGUCACAGUAUUAGCAGUACUAGAUUUUAGUGUUCCAAUAGAAAUGAAAUUAAACAAGCCAAAGAUAUUUGCUGAUACACAUGCCUUUCCAUUCAUCCAAGCCAAGGGGGCUCUACCAUCAUAAAAGUCCGCUAUUGAAAAGCAAAAAAGUAGCAAAACUCCUGUCCAAAUCAGAGCUUCCAUAAGCAAAAAACAAGAGCCAAUCCCAUGGCCAGAGACAAUUUCCAAAGAAACAAAAGCAAACCGCCAACGCCGUUGUUUCGUCGCAAAAAUGCGCAAAAGAUGCCGUAAAAAAACAAUCCACGUAAAACUAUCAAGUUGCAAAGUGAUGCCUCAUCACAAAACGCGUCAAGCUGUGAAGCCUACACCCUUCCAUAUUGCAGAAAGUAUCUGCUUUGUUCUAUUCAUAAACGUGCCCCUAGUAGCAAAAGCUACUCGUUAAAUCAUAAUAUUCGUGUCGUUAAAAAGUCUGUUGCGCAUUCGCGUCUUUAUGCCCAUUGUGUUUAAAAGGUAGUGGUGUAGCUGCGCUCCAGCCCAGGCUUGGAUGCCUUGGCCUUCUGAGCAUCAGCACCAAUCUUUUGGAAGCCUUGCAUGAUAUCAAGGCCAGAGAAGUCGGCCGCGUCGCCACUGGCUCCAGCCAUGAAGUCAGAAGCAUCCAUAGCUAGCGAAGACCAGUCUGCAUCGGCAGGUAUGUCCAGGAGCGAGCCAGAAAACUUGCUUGGCGAGUUUCGGCAAGGGGAUUGCUGGAAAAGUCUGGAGGGUGAGCUGAGGCCCUCAAAUGCCUUGCUUGGUGUAUCCAAGAAUCGCAUUGGGGAGUGCUCGGGUACUCUCAAAAGAGGAGCAGAAGUGAUAGACUUCUUGGAAGUAGAGGCUUCGUGCAGGGCAGAUGUUGACAAAGAUCUAUCCAAUCGGGAACGCUUUGCGGGUCGCUUGACAGGCGAGCCAGCAGCAGCAGAGCCGAUAACAGGGAAGGAUGCAUCAUCAAGACCAGCAAGGUCUUGGAAGAUGUCAAACUCUCCACCAGUGGUGUCAAUGUCAUCAAAAGCGUAGAUGGCCUCAUCCAGCUGGAAGGCAGGGCUCCAUGGCAUGUUAUCCUCGCUAACACCAACGACACGGCGCAGAGGAGACUGCAGCAUGUGUCUAACCUUAUCGCGAUGGAUGCGGAGGUUAGUGUUGGGAGAGACGGAGGGAGGAGGGCGGACAGCAGGCUUCAUCUUUACCACAGGGGUCAAGGGGGGAAGCAUCUGGUUUUCGGUAAUAUGUCUCAGUGGUGAAGAUGAGGCAGGGCCGUAUGAGAAUGAGCGGGAUUUCGUGGGGCUAAAUGGUGAAGAACCGCGGAGGCGAGCAAUCUCCUCCUCAGCGCGGCCACGCUUGAUGCGAGGGCGGUCUGCUUCCGAAGUAAGCAGAAGAGCCUUCUGGUUUGGUCGCAUAACAGACGACUCAAGUGAAGAAAUGUAACCACUGUCAUCCAUAGACGCGAAAUUGCGCUUAUGCGAGCGAGAAACAGAUGAUGUGUGUCGAGACAUGGAAGGAGGCGUGCCAUUGUUACGCUGAUCGUGUCUGGCCACAGGCGGCGAUGAGUGAACAGGAGAGAAGAGCGAGUCUCCAGGAAGCUCUGGCUCACCAGUUCGGUCACCAGAGUCUUCUGGGGCAGCGCCGUCGGAGACCAAAAUCGUGGCAUCCGAAGACAGUUCAGCCGCCAUGGUCAUGGUAGCUUGAGAAGUAGGCACAGGCGGGAGGGAGGACUGGUGCAUGUGGAUGUGAGGAGGAAGAGUAGGUUCGGACAUCAUGGAUGGGAUGUGUCUCGAUGGCUCCAGGCGAGUCGACAUAACAGGGAUGUUUUCAGCAGAGGGUGCAGACUUGCGAGGAGGCUUCUCCUUAAGGAACUGGUGCUCAGUUCCGGGCUCAAUGCCCCAGUAGUUGCCCUUUCCGGGGUCAUCCUUGGGUCGCUCAAUCUUAAUAAAGUUCUUGUGAAGGCUGAGGUUAUGGCGAAUGCUGUUCUGCCAUCCGGCAUCGUUGGGGUUGUAGAACGAGUAGCUGUCACUAAUCCACUUGUAAAUCUGGGCGAGUGUGAGGCGGCGCAAGGGCGAACGAAGAAUGGCCAUGCCAAUCAACUGGGCGUAGCUGUGAGCGGGCUUGGUUCCAUCAUCAAUGAUGGCAGGGAAUGAAUCAUGGGCGGGGAGAGAUCCGUCGUUGGUCUUGGCCUUCUUGGGGGCUCUAGCAUCACGAAGGGGUGCGGCUUCCAUGAGAACGCGCUUGCCAUUGUCCUUUUGGUAGUAGUGAUCAACCGAAAGAUUCAUCGUUGGUGGAGCGGGGAACAGCUGAGGGUGCAUGUUCUCCUUGCCAAACGACAUGGCGUCGAAAGAUUGCUUGUGCGAGGUUUUGAAGUUUGAUAGCUGGGGCUUCUUCUGAAGCGAAUCUGUCAUGUGGUGCUUGUGCAUGGGCGGUGCCAUCGGGAUGAGGUUGAGCUUGGCUCCUUGUACGGAAAGAGGCGAGCGAGGCGACAAGGACUUGGCCUUGUAUGGCGAGAAGCUAGCGGCGACGGUAGCGGGAGGGUUCAAUACGACGUUGGAGCUGGAAGAGCCAAGCGGGCGGCGAGCUGGUCUGGUUACUGAAGGCAUCGGAGCGUGGCUAAUCAUGGGUCUAGGGUUCUCGAACAUGUCGUCCUGGAAGAUCUGAAGAGGCUCGCUGGAGCCGAGAAAACGCGUCGACUUGGCCAUUUUGGCCGGUCAACUGUGAUGAGGGGAGGUAUGGUCUGUAGUAGCAGUUGAUUUAUCUUGAAUGCAAAGUUAGAACGCGUCUUGGCAGAUUCAAGGUUCGCCUUUGGAAGCCCGAGGCGUAGUCUGUGGGAUCCAGGCGGUGGUGGACUCACCAACAGGCAAGAUGUUGCCGUUGAAGGUGGUUGACGAAGUCGUUUGUAAAUUUACGCGUCUUUAUUACGAGAGAAGGUGUUGGAGAUGCGUGCAAGUCGGAACGAGUCGUCGGGCCAAAAGUGGGCGGUGGUGAGAAUUAGUCGCGUCUGUUGGGAGCGUGUCGAGGAUUUGCAAGAAGAAUGAUGGAAAGCAAAAGCGAGAUGUAAAGUGCUGCUUGGGCUGGAGAUGGUUGAAAAUCCGGUAGAGGUUGAAAGGAGAGGAAAGGGUUGGCGAGAAGGUGUGGUGGUGUAAAGAGGAAGAGAGAGAAAGUGUGAGGAAUAAGGUGGGAAUAGAUUGAU